CUCUUUUCAUAGCUGCAUCUUGCUUUAUUGCAGCCUUGGAUUGCAAUCACUGACACUAUAUUCUCUUGCUUUCCAUCAAGGCCCACUUUCUCUUUCUAGACUUAGGGUCCUGUGCUUCCUUCGCAUUUUUGUGCUUUGGGGUCUGUGUAAACAUGAGAGAGAUGCUUCAUGGAAGCUACCGCUUUCUUUUCGCUCUCUGCUUUUCGGGUUUGAAGCAAUGAGAUACAGAGAGAGUAGAUUUCUCUCUCGAAACAUAUUGGGUUUUGGGUUUUUGGCGAAGAUAGGUUUCGUUUUGGAGUGGGGAGAAAGAAAUGUGCAUUUCUCUCUCUAAUGGAGUUCUGAAAGUAUACAGAAUGGUUGCAGAUGAAGCUCUGAGCACAUGGACUUGUAGGUUUAUCUGAAGAAAAAAGAAAAUGGAAGAAAUACAAGCUUCUUCAGAUCAUUAUAGAUCUUCAUCUUCAUCCGCAAGUAGCCCUGCGACUAGUAGGGUUCCAUCAAGUUCAUUCUUCUAUCUGAGAAAACCAGGAUCAAGCAAGCAACCCAUUUCAUUUGAGGACUCUCCAGAAUGGGAAGAUGCAGAGACUGAUCAUCCACGACGCGAAGAAGAUGCAGGCGAUUCAAUUAAUGUGGAAACCAUGUCUCCUUCUCUGUCUAAAAUCAACAGUGGAUCUGUUCCCUCUCCUCCAUUGCAGGGGACUUCGACGCCUGUUCGGAGGAUAGCAGGGGCUUCUCUUGUUUGGAAGGACCUCACUGUCACCAUAAAGGGGAAGAUGAGGUACUCUGAUAAGGUUGUGAAGAGUUCUAAUGGCUAUGCUUUGCCUGGGACCCUCACUGUGAUAAUGGGUCCUGCGAAAUCGGGGAAGUCGACAUUAUUAAGGGCGAUUGCAGGAAGAUUGCCUGAUUCAGCCAAAAUGUAUGGAGAGGUGCUUGUGAAUGGGGUUAAAACGAGGCUUCAGUAUGGGUCAUAUGGAUAUGUUGAGAAAGAAGACACUUUGAUUGGAUCCCUUACGGUUCGAGAAAUGCUUUAUUACUCAGCACUUCUACAGCUUCCAGGCUUCUUCUCUCGAAAGAAGGGUGUAGUUGAGGAUUCCAUUUUGACAAUGUCUUUGGGGGAUUACUCUGAUAAAUUAAUAGGUGGUCAUUGCCGUAUGAAAAGCCUUCCAAGAGGUGAGAGGAGGCGUGUCAGCAUUGCUCGAGAGCUUGUUAUGAGGCCACACCUAUUGUUUAUCGAUGAACCUCUCUAUCAACUUGACAGUGUGUCUGCACUCCUUAUGAUGGUGACCCUAAAGAAACUUGCCAGCACGGGGUGUACAAUUAUUUUCACCAUGUACCAAAGCAGUACAGAAGUAUUUGGACUGUUCGACAGAAUUUGCUUGCUCUCAAAUGGAAAUACUUUGUUCUUUGGAGAAACCCUGGCAUGCCUGCAGCAUUUCUCAAAUGCUGGAUUUCCUUGUCCUAUCAUGCAAAGUCCUUCAGAUCACUUCUUACGUGCUAUAAACACAGAUUUUGACAGGAUCAUAGCCAUGUGCAAAAAUUGGCAGGAUGACCAUGGGGACUUUUCAUCUGUUAAUAUGGACACUGCUGUUGCGAUCCGUACCCUUGAAUCUACGUAUAAAACAUCUAGUGAUGCUGUCGCAGUUGAAUCUAUGAUAGUGAAACUGACUGAAAAGGAAGGUCCACUCCUCAAAAGCAAGGGCAAGGCUAGCGGUAUCACACGUGUCGCAGUUUUAACUUGGAGGUCCUUGUUAGUAAUGUCCAGGGAAUGGGGAUACUUCUGGAUUCGACUUCUGCUAUGCAUACUUCUUAUGCUUUCUGUUGGUACAAUAUUUUACAAUUUGGGGCAUUCUCUGUCAUCUGUAAUGGUCAGAGUUUCUGCAGUAUUCGUCUUAGUGUCAUUUCUAUCUUUGAUCAGUAUUGCUGGAAUGCCUGCUCAUAUAAAAGAAAUCCAGAUUUACACACAUGAAGAAUCAAACCAGCAUUCAGGAGCACUAGUUUUCUUGCUUGGACACCUCCUCUCUAGCAUACCUUUCUUAUUUCUCAUCUCUAUUUCCUCAUCCCUGCUCUUCUAUUUCUUGGUUGGCAUGAGGAAUGAAUUCAGCUUAUUUAUGUAUUUUGUGCUGAAUUUAUUCAUGUGCCUCCUAGUAAAUGAAGGCCUUAUGAUGGUUGUCUCUUCAAUUUGGUUAGAAGCAUUCAAGGCUAUAGUAACCAUGGUUUCCAUACAAGUGUUGAUGAUGCUUGUGGCAGGGUAUUUUAGACACCAAAAUGACUUCCCUGUACCAUUAUGGAAAUACCCUAUGUCAUAUGUUGCUUUCCACACGUACUCUAUUCAGGGUCUCUUGGAGAAUGAGUACAUUGGGACCUCCUUUGCAGUUGGGCAAGUAAGAUCCAUUACCGGAGUUCAGGCUCUUCGUGGUAUAUACAAUAUUCCUCCUGAUGUCAAUGCAAAAUGGUCAAAUCUACUGAUCUUGUUUCUAAUGGCGAUUUGCUACCGUAUCAUCCUUUUUGUUUUGCUCCGAUUCCAUGUGAGGCAAAGGUUGGCUUCUUGUAGAUUGUUUGGACUCAAAAGAUAAUGAAGAAAGCAAUGUAAAUCCUUGGUUUUCUCU